UCUCCCUCUCUCUCCCUCGCAACGUUAAACUGCGAGACCAGACAGGGCUCCUUUCCACAGCCGCGGGGACGUGCACCCUGACGUAUUUGAGGAGCGCGCGUCUACCGGUACGUUCCCGCUGUAUAACGUCGGUGUGAGCCUCGGAUUAAAAAAUAAUAAAUAAAUAAUAAAAACCUUCCACGGUGAUGUAGGGCGGCACGCAGGGCUGCGGCCACGCACGCACGCACGCACGCACGCACGCACGGGGCGAGGCGACGCGUGGUCGGGAUAGCGCCAUACUUAAUAAUCUCCGGUGAAACAAAGGGGCGAUGUGAUGUGGGAGUCCUUAACGUCAGCGAGUUAUAUUAUUAACACUUGCGAGGUGAUAAAGGGGUCAUGCCUGAUGUCUGUCAUUGGUCACUGCUACAAGAUGUCCCACCUUCGUGUGUGUGCGUGUGCGUCAGUGUGCGCGUGCAGGUCCGUUAUGUGGCGAGAGUAUUUUUUUUUUUUUUAAACAUUUUAUCAUUAGAACCACACAGAAAAGAGAAAUCCAAGAACCAUGGUUUCUAUAAGAAUAAUCUCUUUGAGGGAAUUACGUCGUUACAAUUAUUUCCCCCUAUAGACGUGACCGUAAACACAUUAGACACCCCCUUGUUAAUUACAAAGUGAUGACAUGUUUUAAUUACAUUAAGACGUGAUAUGCCUUAAUUAGAGAAGAGAGAAGAUAAUAGCCUGCCACGACAAGAAUGUAUAUUUGCAAUUAAAAAGUAGGAUCUUUUCAAAAUAAAUUUUCGUCGUUCGUCGCUAAAAUAGUUAUGCUGUUCGCAAACAAUGCAAAACAGGUUAUCAUUUCCUUACAACGUUGGUUUAAUUAUUUCUGGCAUUUUAAACAAGUUUUUACGAGAUAAAUAAAAUGGUCGUAACCACAAAGGAGAAGAAAAUGUAGGAAUUAGGAUGAAAGCUCAGCUUUAGGCCAAGCUACAAUUUGUAUACCAAUAAAAAUAUGCGCGCAAUUGUCAUGGCUUUUUUCUAAAGCGUUUUUUUUUUGCCGUGUUAUAAUAAAAUCUGAUAAAUUUGACAUAACGUUUGUAACUGCAGAUAUGCUCUGUACGCAGGAGGUGUGGAGCUCUCCGUGGUAUUCUUCGGCAGCGCAUUUGUCUAUCUGGCACCAAGUUGAAAUCAUUUUCCAAUAUUCAACGCUAAAACAGUUUCGGUUGCAGUAAAAUCGGAAUUUAAAAAAAAAAGAGUCAUAGGUUAAAGUCUAUACCUGCUGCUAUAACGAGGUGUUGUUGAUAAGAAGUAUUCGUUUGAAAGAAAUGCCUUGUCGCGGACUGCCCAUGCGCAGACUCCCCAGCGGCGGCCGCGGUGUGGCUAAUGAAGAAUAAUAAAUCAUGAAAGGGUUCUUCAGGUACAGCGGAAAAGAUUGUGUGUGUGUAUGUGUGUGUGUGUGUGUGUGUGUGUGUGUGUGAAAGAGAGAGAGAGAGACAGGGAGCUGUUGAGAAAGCGAGAGGAGGUGUGUGCGUGUGAGAGAAUAGAGGGAGGGGGGGAGGGAGGGAGGCUGAGAGAGAGAGAGAGAGAGAGAAAGAGAGAGUGAGGCGGAGAGAGACUCAGUCUGCCCUUCGCCUCGGAGCUGAGGCAGUUUGGGUCCCCGCAGCAUUCAACGUAGUCGAAGAGGUAGAGCACAGAGUGUCACCGCACACUACUUACGGUCAUUUUCAAGACGGAAACUUUUCCGACCAACAAAAACAAAAACAAAAAACGAGCAGGUCAACGAAGCGGGAAGCGUUUUUGAACUUGAAGGGUUUUGGAAAUCCUAGGAGACGGAAAGAAACUUUUCCUUUUUUUCCCCUUCUUCCUCUGGUCGUCGUCUAGGAGGAGAUCCGCCACCAACAACAAAACAAUCCGAGUAUAUAACACAAGGUGGAGACGGCUGCAGCAGAAAACGACAGGUUGUUUUGUUUCUUUCUUUCUUUCUUUUUUUUUUUUUUUUUUUUUUUGAACAAUCGUGCCACAAGUCCGCAGCCGGGAGGUGGGGUGGGGGGGGGGGGCAAACUAGGUCUCUGGUGCGCGCUGUUGCAUGGCUUGUCGGUGCCUGCGUCGCCUCAAUCGCCCGAAAGACGCGCCACCUCCGCUACAGUAUCAAUAAAUAGAUGUGAAAACUUCAGUGUUUUUUUUGUUUUUUUUUGGACGCCCGCCCUUCAGCCUGCACUUUUAUUCGCCGGCGACUCGAGAUUUCCCCCCCCCCUUUCGAAGCGAUUUGGCUUCAACUCUCUCCGACCGAGGAGGCGGGGUCUUAACUUAUUAAAAGGAACUUGCCGAGGCUUCGGACGCCCGCAAAUAUGAUGAUGAUGUCUCUGAACAGCAAGCAGCCGUUUGCUAUGGCUCACGCCAGCUUGCCCGAGCCCAAGUAUUCGUUGCAUUCCUCGUCCUCCAAUUCCAAUGCGCCGUCGUCCUCCUGCUCGUCCUCCCGACACAGCAACAGCAUCAUCAGCAGCAGCGGCGGCAGCAGCUCGGAGGCGAUGCGCAGAGCCUGUCUCCCAACCCCACCGAGCAAUAUAUUCGGAGGCUUGGAUGAGAGUUUGUUGGCCCGGGCUGAAGCUCUAGCGGCGGUGGAUAUAGUCUCGCAGACCAAGAGCCACCACCACCCUCCACAUCACAGUCCCUUCAAGCCGGACGCGACCUACCACACCAUGAACACUCUCCCCUGCACCUCGUCUUCCUCCUCCUCCUCCGCGGUGCCUAUUUCCCAUCCGUCCGCUCUGUCCGGCCACCACCACCACCACCACCAUCACCACCACCACCAGCCUCACCAGGCACUGGAGGGGGACCUGCUGGACCACAUCACCCCGGGACUGGCACUAGGAGCCAUGGCGGGGCCGGAUGGCUCGGUGGUUUCCACGGCCGCGCACCCUGCCCACAUGGCGGGGAUGAACCACAUGCACCAGGCGGCCAUCAACAUGGCUCAUGCCCACGGGCUACAGCAGCACAUGGGCAUGAGCGACGUGGACGCGGAUCCGAGGGACUUGGAAGCCUUCGCGGAGAGGUUUAAGCAAAGACGGAUCAAACUCGGGGUUACCCAGGCGGAUGUAGGGUCAGCUUUAGCCAGCCUGAAGAUUCCCGGGGUGGGCUCCCUCAGCCAGAGCACCAUCUGCCGUUUCGAGUCCCUCACGCUCUCUCACAACAACAUGAUCGCUUUGAAGCCCAUCCUGCAAGCGUGGCUCGAAGAAGCCGAGAAAUCGCACAGGGAGAAACUUAAUAAGCCCGAGUUGUUCAACGGCGCGGAGAAGAAGCGGAAGCGCACGUCGAUAGCGGCGCCGGAGAAGAGGUCGCUGGAGGCCUAUUUCGCUAUUCAGCCGCGUCCCUCCUCGGAGAAGAUCGCAGCGAUCGCAGAGAAGCUGGACCUGAAGAAGAACGUGGUGCGGGUCUGGUUUUGCAACCAGCGGCAGAAACAGAAACGAAUGAAGUACUCAGCAUGCGUCUAAAAAUCGCUUCAAACCACCAGCCGCAACAACAACAACAACAACAACAAAAAAGACUUGGAACUGUUUGGAGACGAUGUGUAUCAUAUUUCCUAUCUCACAGCUUUUUUUUGUCUCCAAUCGUCGAUGACUUUGUGCUUUGAACUUUGAAAGAAAAUCCUUAAAAUUGAACAAUGACAGAAAAAAAAGCUCGACCCCCCCCCCCGCCUCGCCUCC